AUGACUGAAUUAAAUUUUGCUUGUGUUGUGAUUUUAUGGCCUGCUGGCCAAGAAUGUGGCUCCACCCCUUACAACCCACCACUGCUGCCGCUUAAUGAAUUCUGCUUGUUUGGGUCAACCCUGGGAGGUAAUAGUAACAACAACAACAGCAACAUAAUAUCCGAUUAAAGUAGGGGUAUCCUAUUAUUAUAUUGUAUUAUAUUAUAUUAUAUUAUAUUAUAUUAUAUUAUAUUAUAUUAUAUUAUACCCUACUCAUCUGGCUCGGUUUCCUCAGCCACUCUGGGUGGCUUCAAGCCCAUAUAAAAUCAUAAGUUUAUAAAAAGAUUAGAUUAUGCAGAUCAAGUGGCUGGCCCAAGGUCUUCCAGUGAGCUUCAUGGCUAACCCAAGGAUGUGAAUCUGGGAAUCCCAGUCUGAUGCUCUAACCUAGCGUUUCCCAAACUUGGGUCUCCAGCUGCUUUCGGACUACAGCCUCCAUCAUCCCUGGCCAUUGGUCUUCUUAACUAGGGUUGAUGGGAGUUGUAGUCCAAAACCAGCUGGAGAUCCAAGUUUGGGAAGCACUGCUCUAACCUGAGGGCCACUUUUCCCCGUGGCCAUCACAGGCAGCCCAAAGUGGGUGUUGCAACCUCACACAUUCACAUGCAUACCUCCUCAUACAUAAAGAUCCUGCAGCUCACCUUUUCCACUUACGAGUGUGCUGAUCAGCUGAGGUGGGGAUGCUUGUUGUGAUGAUGGGAGAGGACAAACCUCUCCACCCACUCAGCACUGGACUGCCUUCUUGGUUUUCUCUUUAUUUUUGCUUGGCACUGCCACAGUCAAAGGUGUCUUGUAGGCAUACAGGGGGCAGGGGAAAAAAUUGCUUGGGAGCACAGAAUCAUAUCUAAGGCUGUGGCGUUGGCCACCCCUUCCCCCUUUCUGGCUCUCAACCAGGAUAUUUUAACGCUUGAAGGUAAAGUUGCUGUAAUUAGCAGGGAAGUGUGGGCAGGAGCUGAGCUUGGGAGACUUCUAGGACUUCAAUAUCUAAGCAUGUGUAACUCAGGACUCUGUAGAGUCGUCCUAAAUCCUUUGGAAGCCUCUUCUGCCAUCUCUUUAAUAUCCUGAUUUUUGUGUUGUGCUCAGGAGUUCCAGCAAAGGAGACCUUGAACAGAGCAAGUCUAAGAGAAGACUGGUAACAAGGCCCAUUCUUAAGUCUUCAUGGGAAUAGGGAUAUCAGAAAUGGAUGGGACAUAGUUGUCAGGCAUCCAGAAAGAAAUAGUAGUACUUGAAAUGUGUGAUCAGCCGUGGAAUAAUUUAUCAUCAUCAUCAUCUGGCUGGGCCUUCCCAUCCACUCUGGGUGGCUCCCAACAAUAUAUUAAAAACAGAAUAAAACUUCAAACAUUAAAAACGUCCCUAUACAGGGCUGCCUUCAGAUGUCUUCUAAAAGUCAGAUAGUUGUUUAUUUCCUUGACAUCUGGUGGGAGGGCGUUCCACAGGGCGGGCGCCACCACCGAGAAGGCCCUCUGCCUGGAAAGGUCCCCCCUCCACCCUGUAUUGUGAAACACUGUGUCUGAAACUAGAGUCGCUGGCAUAACUUUUUUUUUUUAAGCUAGUUCUGUGUUUAAUGUUGAUUUCGAGAUGAUUUAUGCAUUUAAAAUGUUUUGAUGUGACAUCCCCAUUCUUUAUUGCAUGAAUGCAAUAUUUACUUUAAAUGUUUGGAUGUGACAUCCCCAUUCUUUAUUGCAAAAGAUUCGUAAUUGAACUAACUUCUAUCUUCACCUCUUUUUUUACAAGUCUGCCAGCUACAGGAAUAAUCUCCCUUCAGAGAGCAACCAAGAAACUCCAAGCAACAGUGAGAGUGAGAAAAGCUGGGUCCUUGACUCUCAGAAAAAGCUGGUGUCAAAAUCCGCAGACUAUACUCGGAAAAAGAAGAGGGUCAGGAGCAAGUUAAAAGGUGAAAAUGGGGUAUACAGCACAAUUUUGAAUUAGCCACCUGAUGCAGGCUAAAAGAGAGAUGUAGCCAGAUUCUGUUUUGGUUUGGUAAUGAGCCCUGAAAAGUUCAGCAGGACUUGCACCCAAGUAAAUGUGGAUGGGGCUAUAGCCAGAGCCUGUAAGGACAGAUACUUGUGGCUCUUUAGACUUCAUAUUAUUCCCUGUCUGGGUGUGGCUAAAAUAACUGUAUUAUUAAGAAAAGCAGGAAGAAUGCAAAGUGUGACUUGAGAGUGUGUAUAAAUGCGACAGUAUGUGGAUUGGUAGUUCGCGUUCCAGUUAGUGUUAGGGGGUUGGAGUGGGGAGACUGGUCUAUUUCCUCUUUUUUUUGUUAUAAAGGACUGUUGCAUUUUGGGGUGGGUGGAACAGGGCUAUCCAAUCAAUUUUGGGGUAUGGAACAGGGCUGCCCAAUCAAGGAAACUUCUGAAGCCAUGGUUUGUUAAAUAAGCUGCUUCCAUUAGGCUUUACAGAGCAUGCAUCUAUAUAGAGAGUUGAUCAUAGAAUUGUAGAGUUGGAAGGGACCAUGAGGGUCAUCUAGUCGAACCCCCUGCAAUGCAGGAAUCUUUUGCCCAGAGUCUCUUGCUCUAUACUGGCUGAGCCAUAUGACACGCAGAAAUAGGAAGAUGCCUUAGAGCUAGCCAGGCCAUUGAAAAUAAUAGUAAGAAUUAUUUUAUUUAUACCCUGCCUAUCUGGCUGGGUUGCUCCAGCCACUCUGGGCAGCUUCCAACACAUGUACAAACAUAAUAAAACAUCGAACAGUAACAACCUGAUGCAAGAUUUUAAAAGUCACAGUAACUUUAAAAUAAACAACUUAUAUCAAACAAAGCAACAUUCAACAAUCCAUCAGAAACUAAUAGUAAACAGUAAAAUUAAACAUCAGCAAAUAAUAAUGAAACAGCUCAAUAAUCUAGCUCAAGAUGUUCUACAUUUUAGGGCUUUAAGUCUGGGACCUUAUUAUGUACUGAGUUGAAUAGGAUCCAAAAUGCAGCAGUUUGAUUGGUCCGAGAACAAUAGGAUUCAGAAUGCAGCAGUCUGAUUGGUCCUAGAACAAUGCAGCAGUAUGAUUGGUCUGCAGGAGCCACCCAACCCAGCUCCAGAUGGAAGUGAAUCUACAACCUGAUUGGCCUACAGGAGAAUUCCGGAAUUAGCCAAUCACAUGCAGCCCAUUGUGUAAAUAAUGUAUAUAAAGCAGAUACUUUGGCGGAACUUUCAUUCCUCCUCACCACUAUGAGCUGAAUAAAGAGCAUGAAAUCCACUCUCGACUCCGAGUAUAUUUCAGACCUUCUACAUGCAAAGCAGGUGCACUCACCACUGAGCUACGGCCCUCUUUUUUUAGUAUCCUGCCUGGCUGGUAGAUGCCUGUCUCAUUUGCAAACGUCCAAGUUUUUCCUUUCUGAAGAAAGAUACUGGGCUAACUAGAGCAUCUAUAGAGCAUGGUGGUGAUAGCUAGUGAAAGUUCAGUAGCCGGUGUUAUACGUGUGCAUGCGAAGAGAUGUGUCUGCUGCCGUGGAGUUGCAGUCACAUGACGGUGGCGCAAUGUGCCUUGUGGAUUGAUGUGAGGCUGGGUUGCUGCAUUUUAAGUUCUCUCUUGCCAAGGCAGCAAAGCAUAUAACUACCUUGAAGUAAAUGUAUAUUUCAAACUAGCUGAGUGGUUUAUAUAUUUUGUGUGCUGCAAAAUGAAGUAACAUCCUUUGCUUGUCCAUGUGGGGUUUUUGUUGUUGUUGUUUUUUGCUUAUCUCUCACAAAGGUCAACCACUUUUAAUCUAACACUAUCUCUGAAAUUACCCAAGAAUGCUGAGGUUCUUCAGUUAUUGAAAUACAGGUUAAGUACUUAAUUCGUUCCGGAGGUCCGCUCUUAACCUGAAACUGUUCUUAACCUGAAGCACCACUUUAGCUAAUGGGGCUUCCUGCUGCCGCCACGCUGCUGGAGCCCAAUUUCUGUUCUCAUCCUGAAGCAAAGUUCUUAACCCGAGGUACUAUUUCUGGGUUAGCGGAGUCUGUAACCUGAAGCGUAUGUAACCUGAGGUACCACUGUAUAUGAAGCCUUACUCAAUCGGCAAGAGCCAUUCAUAAGUAUUAUUUCUAGUUUUUUAACUUUAGCAGAUUAGAAAAGCUAUCUUGUGUUUCCGCUGUUCUUAAUGAAUACCUUUUGUCUGCCCCUCCCUCACUUAGUAUUGCCAUUGUCUUCUCCAAGUAGUGGCAGCGAUCACCAUGGAAAGAAGGUAAGGAAAUGCUCAAUUCUAAUAUAUAUAUAUAUAUUUUGAGACCAGGCUCUUGCAGUGUCAGAAAGCCUAACAUUUCUGAAUCAUCUAGAUCUGCUUACAUAAGAAAAUCUUCAUGUGCCGUUUCCGAUUCUUAGAAAUAAUAUGGCUGAAUUUUAAUCAAACUUAAAGUGAUAGCAAAGAGUCUCAGUCACAAGUCUAUAACUCAACCAUAUAUCCCAGUGACAAUAUGAAACGAGAGAUUGCAAAACACUUUCUCACAGUGAGAUUUACGGUAACUUGAUUUCUUUCUUACUACUGCAGAAGCUGCCUUUAUUCUAUGGGUCUGCCUCACUCAAUAUUGUUUAAGCAAAUUAUCUCUCUGGAGUUUGAAGGGAAUCAAUCCCAGCCCUAUAGAUGAUGGUGAAUCUGGAACCUUUUGCAUAAAAAGUAUCUGCUCCACAAGUGAGCUCUGUGACCUUCCCAGUAGAGUAUGUUUCAUGAGCUACGCGGGUAGAUAACUUUUGUUUCUUAAGAGCCUGGGUUGCACAUUCACUACUCUGCUGCUAGACCUUUCUUCCAUAGUAGACUUGAUGCCUUUGCCUUCUCUUCCAGGUGGGGAGUUCACCAAGGGGGGAGCAAAGGAUGGAGCCAAGCCCAGAGCUGAAUGACUUUGCUGCAAUGCAGCCACCAAUGGUUUCCUCAACCCCUAUAUCGCAUGUUAGACACAGUAGGUGGUUCCUCCUAAUAUACCACAUAUCUCUGCGAUUCCCAGGCUUUUGUUUUGAGAGGAAAAGAUAAGCCAGUGGAUCUCUGGAAAGCAUAAGCUUCACUCUAUAUCCUCUCUUAGUAGUUCUUGCCUUGACUGAGAGCUGAGUCCUCAGCAGGCAUUGCAGUGUCACCGCAACUUGUGGGGGGUCACGUUCUGGGGGUUUGUGCAUUACAGCAAAAUUGCAUUAAGUCAGGACAGCUUCCAGGACUGCCCCGUGCAACCAUCCCUACCUGACUGAAGCCAGUAUGCUGAGCAGUCCUUUGCCCUCAGGCCAAAACAAUGAGUUUUUAAGCCCUCCAUCUUGCUUACUGGGCUCUGGCGAGGUCGCGUAUGAGCUCUGCAAGGUCUUGGGAGGCUCCCACAAGAUCUCGUGGGGCCGUCUGAGAUCCCACGAAAUCUCUGUGGAGUUCCCCAGAGCCUGGAAAGCGAGGCAAAGGCAGAAAACCCCAGUGCAGAAAGAGCUUUUUAAGCCCUCCGCCUUGAUUUACCGGGCUCUGGAGACUCCUGCAGAAUCUUGAAUGGCCCCUUCCAACAUCCCUCCCCCACAUUCCCACCCCCUUUUCAUUCAUUUAUUUUUCAGCCAAGUGCGUAAACAUGUGAUUGUGUAAGUAAAAUCAGCGUAAAUUGCGAUCGCACUGUACUAAGUUCUGAAUGUGGACAGAGAUGUAGCUAGGCUCCCUUGUGUCCUUGGCAAGGAGUUAUAUUGGCACCCACUCUUUCCCUUGGCAACCACCAGCUCUCUUUGCCUUUCUUCUUGCACCCCUCCCCCCCGGGCUUGGGCCCUUGGCAGGGGCCAACCUGGCUAGUCCCUAGGGAUGCUGCUGAGUGUGGAGUGGUAAUGACUGAAGGGGGUCUGUAUUCACUUGAAUGCACUUGGAAGUCUCUCAGCAAUGGGGAAAGCCCAUGCCAUGGCAACCCCCAGUCACUAAGAAUUGUACCUCCUCCUUCAUCUGCAUAGCACAAUCCUAAAAUCUGUUUCUAAGGCCUGUUUCUCAGAACAGAUGAGCUGGCAAGCCUAUGUCUGGACUGUACCACUUGGGGCUUUACACAGUGGAACAACAACAACAAUAAUAUUUGUAUGCCACCCAUUUGACUGGACUGCCCCACUCUGGGCAGCUCCCAACAGAAUUCUAAAAACAUGAUAAAACAUCAAACAUGAAAAACGUCUCUAAACAGGGCUGCCUUCAGAUGUCUUCUAAAAGUCAGAUAGUUGUUUAUUUCCUUGACAUCUGAAGGGAGGGAGUUCCACAGGGCGGGCGCCACUACCGAGAAGGCCCUCUGCCUGGUUCCCUGUAACUUUGCUUCUCGCAAGGCCAUUUAGGGCUUUAAAGGUCAGCACCAACACUUUGAAUUGUGCUUGGAAACGUACUGGGAGCCAAUAUAGAUCCUUUAAGACCGGUGUUAUAGGGUCCCAGUGGCCACUUCCAGUCACCAGUCUAGCAGCCACAUCCUGGAUUAGUUGUAGUUUCUGAGUCACCUUCAAAGGUGGAAUACUUUCUCCAUACAAAAAUAAAAUAAAAUCCCUGCAGAUAGUAAAUAGCAUGUCAAGGAGAAGAGUUGUAGUCUAACCGUCUUGGCAUGCUAGUUUCCUAUUAUUGUAUUGUUUUAUUCAGUUGUGGGGGAAACAGCAUUCCAUCCUACAAGUCCCCCCUUGCUCAAUUGAACCCUGACUUUCAAUCUCUGGUUUGUGGGUUCGAGCCCCACAUUGAGCGAAAAGAUUCCUGCAUUGCAGAGGGGGUUAGACUAGUUAAGCCUUGUCAUACCUUCUAACUCUACGGUUCUGUGAUUAUUCUCCCCCUCCCCCCAGUAGUGCAAAGUUCUGCGUGGUUAAAGGUUUGUCACCUCAUCUGUGGUUUGGGAGGCUGUGGUCACAGCAAAAUGUGACUGAAUGUGGGGGAACCUUUGGGUAGUGGCUUGUCUGUCCAGAUAUACAGACUUCUAGGUAGAUGGAGCAGCACUUCUCAUUGACGCUUUCAUGCUAUUGUGUUUUGGCGAGAUUCUGUGGACAUCAAGGACCUGCAGAUGCAUCUCACAGAUUAAUUGCUUCUUUUUUAGAUGACUUGGAAAUGGCGGACGACACUUUGCCGAGUCACUUUUUGCCCAAUAGCUCAGAAGCUGGAGCAAGCAAGGUACAGUUCCCGGAUGUGUGGGUGAUGUAUUUGUGGUAUUUCACCUGUUUGCACAUGAAAUAUAGAUAAAAGUGUGUGUGUGGAAACAGAAACGCUGCACUUGUUAUUUGCAAACCGACAAACAGGGAGCCACAGAAACCAGAAAGAAUGCAAAAAGAAACUUGAUCUCAGAAGCGCUCGCCAGACAGAUUUACUGCGGCUCAGCAUGUUUCGAAACACAGCUUUCUUCUUUGGGAGCGAUCUUAAACUUCAUUCAAUUCUGUAGGGUAGCUGGAACAACAUGAAUGGCUUCUGCUGUCUUCCUGGCAUCAUGGUAGCACUAUUUGCCAGAUAAGCAAUAUGCGGACAAGCUGCAGAAUUUGAAAAAAGAUUUCAGAUUGCUCCUGAAGAAGACACCCAUGUCCCCAAAUGGGUUGUGCUGUGGCAAAUGAAAAUAAGUUUCUCACUGCUUUGCACUAUUUCUUACUUUGUAAUUCCCAGUUGUAAUACAGUCGUACCUUGGUUUUCGAACAGCUUAGUUCUCAAACGUUUUGGCUCCCGAAUGCCGCAAACACAGAAGUGAGUGUUCUGGUUUGCAAACUAUUUUUGGAAGCUGAACAUCCGACAGAGCUUCUGCGGCUUCCUAUUGGCUGCAGGAGCUUUGGAAGUCAAACGUUUGACGUCCAAGGUACGACUGUAUGGGGAUAGCAUAUGCCCUUUUUUUUAUUACAUACUGCAGUUGCCGCAUUGUCUUGCUUUUGCUCUUCUUAGAAACAUGAAGCUGCUUCUAGUACUCUGCCCAUGGAAGAUGAAGUCUCCAAAUCCAAGCGGAAGUUUUCAGGUAAAGAGGAAGGGUCUCCAACCCCCAACCCCCUCAUUUACAGUAUCCUGAGCCCAGGGAUAUGAGCAGCCACCACUAUUGCAAGGCAAAUAAUAAUAAUAAUAAUAAUAAUAAUAAUAAUAAUUUAUUAUUUAUACCCCACCCAUCUGGCUGGGUUUCCUCAGCCACUCUGGGCAGCUCCCAACAGAACACUAAAAACAGAAUAAAACUACAAACAUUAAAAACUUCCCUAAACAGGGCUGCCUUCAGAUGUCUUCUAAAAGUCGGAUAGUUGUUUGUUUCUUUGACAUCUGGUGCGAGGACGUUCCACAGGGUGGGCGCCACUACCAAGAAGGCCCUCUGCCUGGUUCCCUGUAACUUCACUUCUCGCAGUGAGGGAACCGCCAGAAGACCUUCAGAGGUGGACCUCAGUGUCCGGGCUGAAGGAUGGGGGUGGAGACGCUUCCAGGUGGUGAAAGUUUGGAAUCUCAUCGUGGUAUGGACCUAAGUUUGCUUUAACAGAGAAGUUUCACUGAAGUCCCUUGGGACUUAAUUCAAGGAGAAUGCAUGUUAGCAUUCAUCUGUCAGCAAGCAAAGCCUUAUAAGAACCUCCAGCAACAAAGAAAUGGGUUUGGGAUUCUGUCUUUGCUAGAUUUGUCAGCUGGUACCAGUGGAAAGCGCUCAAAGCUCACCAGGAGGCAGCCCGGGGAUGAGUGCUCCCCUACCAUUCCUUUUGUACCAAGAAAACUCUUCAACUCCCCGGAGAUGGAAGAGGAGACUCGGGAAGGUGACUACUUUGAAACAGAAACCAGCAAGCCUUUGCUGCAGCUGUACUGAAUUGAAUUCCUUUCACAUUUCCUAAUUCCCCUACUUCCUGUGUUUUGUUGACAGUGAAGAUCUACCUGUGUUUUCCAGAACAUUCCACUGCAGAGGUUUCUCCUUUGUUUUUAUAGUAACUCUGGCUUCUAGCAGCCAUUGAUGCUGAGGCUUUUUUAAUGUACUCUGUGAUUGGCUUUUAUUAUCAGAUGCUCUCUGGAAAGGUGGCCAAGCUAGAUUUGAUGUGCUGUGUAGUUUUGCUCUGUGUGUGUGUGUGUGUGUGUGUGUGUGUGUGAGAGAGAGAGAGAGAGAGAGAGAGAGAGAGUUAAUUAACUAAAUUUAUAUCUUGCCCUUCCUCCUAAAGAAGCCCAGGACAGCAAAACACAUUGUAACGCUUCCAGAGUAUUCCUUUAAAAAAUGCUGCAGUCUAGUAGUGAUUUCCCCAAGAUACUGAGCAUACACAAAGUUCUUAUAUAGUGUGUGUGUGUGUGUGUGUGUGUGUGUGUGUGUGGUGUGUCUUUCUUGCAGGCCAUAAUUUAGAAGAGUUAGAGGAAGACGUAUUUUUCUCCAAAACACUUGAGGAAGGAGCUGGCGAUUCGGAGGUCAUUGCUGCGUUUGAAAGCUUCACACACGUAUUGAAGAAAACGUUUUGGGUAACUAAUAAUUUGCAACAUCAUGCUCAUUUUAAGUGCACCACGGGUUGCUUACAGACUGGCAUGAAUAUUUCAACAUGUAUCUUCACCUGCUCCAAGUAUUUUCCCCAUUCUAAUUUGCUGGCAUUGUGACUAGUCUAGGUACAAGAGGAUGGCGAUUUAUACCCAAAACGUUCUGAGGACGUCUGAACGGCAUAUUUUGGCAUUAUUGAAUCAGAUUCAUCAGGGCCGGUACGUGGCAUCCAUCAAAUAACUGUGUGGCAUCUCUUCUGCAGUAAUUGCUGUCAAAAGCCUCAAGUCUUAUCAUGCAUGUGACUUGUUAGUGGUACAAAUGCAGGAGGGUUGCAAGAAGAGACUGCUGUACAGUGUUGUUCACUGAAGUGAAGAUGUCUAUUCUUUUGGUACAGAGGUUUUCCUAGGGCUAAUGAAGCAGGCUUGGGAGCAUUGUUAUCUAAGCUGCUUCCUCCCUUAUCUCAAUCAAUGAAAACUGUUUUCCAGCUUGUGUCUUGCAUUUUAUUAGGCUUGCUUUACUAGUCCAGCCCAAGAGGUGUCCAUCAGGAAGUCACAAUGUCAAAGGACCUAGCUGCAAGCCAGCUGCCUGAUGUAGUAGAUGGUUCUCCUUAUACUGUUUUCCAUGUUGUGUUUGCAUCUUUUCCCCCAGCUCUGUCAAUUCUCAUUAGUGAGAUGAGUGUCAAAUGCUGCUUUCCUGAAGCGGUAAAAUGACUUAUGUUUGUCCGCAACAGGCUGAAUGAACUGGAACACUUCCACAAGACAGUUACCCAGGAACUUGCCAAUCUCGAGAAAAGAACUCGGUUUCUUUCAAACCUUGAGAAGGAUACUUUGGUGUGUGUAUUUCUUUUCCAUUUUAUUUGUUGUCUGUGGAUUGAUUUAACGACUCACGCUGAGAACGUUUGUUUCAGGAAUUUUGGACUAAGCAAUCCAGCAAACUCAACAGCAAAAUGAACAAUUUUUGUAUUCGUCAAAUGCAGAGGUAUUUAUCAUCUUGCUGUCUGUCCAAUGUGCACCGCUUAAAAAAUUGUGCACUGUUUUCCUCCGUCUGUUGGGCUUGCUAUCUUCUGGGUACUUUAGCGCAUGCAUCUCUACAUCACUGAUGGUGUCUCCAAAUGGCACAGCUGGAAGAAGCAAGCCCAGUUGACUGGGUGUUCCUUCUACUGUACUUUUCUUUUCACACAGCCACCCUGGAGUGAGUGAGUGGGUGGGUGUAUAUCUGCUCAUGCUUUUCCAGAUUAUUUUAUUUGAACAAAGAUGUGCUUCUGCUGCCAGGGACAUUGGAUUCCCCCUGGCAAUUCUCAAAGCCGCAAUAAAUUGUAAGUGUGGGGAAGCUGAAUGCCCAUCCUGCAACAAGCCUACAGCACAACCUGUGUGUAAAAUGUAAAUGUCAAUUUCCUUAUCAGUCACCACAAUUUCAAAAGCCAUUUAUGAAAAAUAAUAUAAUGACAUUUAAAAAAAAAAAGAACCAACCCAUGCAGAACCAGUAAUCCACAGAACAUUUUCCGAAUCUCGGCUUCUUGGCUCCUGUUUUUAUUUUUUAAAAAUGUAUAAAAGAGGAAUAAUAAUGGUGAUGUUAAGGGCCAAGUUGCGUCUUACAUGAAAUGCAUCUUUAGUUUUGCUUGUGCAUGUGGUUUGGGGUGUCGUUUUCUUUCUUUUUAAAAGUAAUAGCCAUGGUACACACACCACCACCCUGUUUGGAUUGAGGUUUGUGUAGGGGUUAGUUCUGUAGUUCCGUCCCCAUCCCUUUUUCUUUCAUGGUUAGGACUUUGUGGCAGGAGGAGAAGGUUAAACCUUCCCUGAUCUCCAAAAUCCAUGUGGCCACUGUUGAGGAUCUCAUCCUUGCAUUCAUGGAUAAACUGUUGGGAAAGGAGACUCCACCAGAGAAGAAAGUUUAGGGUCAAUCAGGCUGAAAUGUUUGGGCCACUUUAUGUAGUGGGUGCAGCGUUCAACAGCCCGUCACUGUCUUAGAUGUCAGGGUUGCCCAUCCCAGGCUACAGCUGUCGUCAUACAAAGAGCUGCCUUAAUACUAUUGGCAAUCAACGUCACCAGGCAGCAUCAUGAGCUGUUUCCGCCCCCUUCCUUUCUUUCUUUCUUUCUUUCCUUCCUUCCUUCCUUCCUUCCUUCCUUCCUUCCUUCCUUCCUUCCUCCUCACUUCGGCCUUCACCCUGGGUUUUGACUGCAGCUUGGGGGAGCAUGAGCAGUAACUUUAGCUGCACCAAAUUCAACUAUACCCAUUUUGGUUUCUUUCAUAGGAUACAGUCCAUGGAUUCAGAGCUGGCGGGAGCAGCAAAGAACCUGGAGGACUCAGCCCCAAAUGGAAAGGUAAGGGCUGUUGCUGGGCAGAUUGCCACACAUUGCAUACUGAACAGCAGGUGUGAGUCUUAGGAACUACAAGGAGAAGCAAAGGCUCUUAUUGAGCAGGCAAGAUGGCAGUUCUUUAUCUAACUGUUUAACACCUUCAUUUAUAGUCAGUACAUCUCUGAGCCAAACCAUGCCUUGAGACAAAUCCACAGGCUCCCUGAGAGAAGGUGGCGGCUGCUUUGGUAUAAACUGUGGCUUGCUUUAGCAUGCCAUCUGAAGCUUGGCUUCAGACUGAUCGCAGCCUGUAACCAAGGUUUAGUCCUGGUGUAGUUAAUGGGUUGGGUGUAAGUUUGAGAGUACUACUAUUUCCUUAUCCCUUUCCAUAAAGGGUUUGCCGCGGUCAUUUUUUGUAGAACGAGGCUUCCCACAGUCAUAAUGGCUUUUAUCUGUUCCUGUGAUGUGUUGGUCCCAAAUGUAUGAAAAUACAUUUCAUACAUUGUAAUCAGUGGCAGUGGGACUCAGAGUAGACCUAUUGAAGUUAACAAGCCAUAGGUUCAUUUAUUUCAGUUGGUCUCCUCUGAGUAGUACUCGGUGAAUAUAGGUAAGGACUGUGCUGUAAAGCACUAACAGAUUUUGCAUGCUUUUUUUCUCCCCCCCCCCCCCCCCAGUUUGAGGAAGCAGAAGAUCAUGAGGAGAGAAGCAAGACUUCUGUCAUUGCCUCCGACUGA